CCCAUACGAACCACCUCGUGAAAGUCAGUCGACGGGACCAGUCUCCCGCGACGAUAGAAAUAGGGGUCCAUCGUGGCGCUCAAUGCUUCCACCUCGAGAUAUGGCCGCAGUAAUUCGCAACCAGUCCUGCCACAAGCACCGCCUGCCGGAACACGGUUAAACUCACACAGACCAUCCUCUCCUGGCGGGCCAGGCUUCUCCCACAGCAGAACCGCGCUGCGAACCACCUGGCGACAUAGCGCCGGGUCGGAUGCCUUCAAUUCCUUCCUAGAUAUGGAGGACGAAAAUGACGACGCGCACAGCUGCAGCAGGCCCGCCAGCUCAGACCAGCCCAAGGAGAAGCAGUCCGAUAGUGGCUCCAGCACCGAUACAGGAGUCACCUUUGAUGAGCUGGUCGACCAGCUUGCUUCCUUGCCCAUGUCCAAGCAGGAUAGCAAGUUCAUCUCGAUAUUCUUGUGUCUGUAUCGGAAAUUCGCCGCCCCUUCUACCCUACUCAAUUGCCUGAUUACUCGAUUCGACAAAACAGAGCAAUGCGAUUUACCGCAACUCACCAGAGCCUUUGAGCAAUUAAGGCUGCUUCAAGUCAUUGCGCAAUGGGCAGCCGAGUAUCCGGGGGAUUUCGCUUAUCCAAAAACACGACGGAGAUUGGUUGAGUUUGUUGAUGCUAUCGAGAAAAAUCACGUUUAUAUGUUCGCUGCAAAAGAAAUAAGUUUACACUUGGAAAACCACGUGGAGGAUGACGAUGUCGGCUGGCCGUUCAGUGAUGGAAACGAUGGUGAAACUGACAAUACGGAGUCUACUCCUCACACCCCUUCUCACAGCUCCCCUACCACCUUACUAAACACUUCUUUCUCCGACAAUGUUAUUCACAACAUAAGCUCUUUAGACCUCUCCGAUGACGUUCCGACUGGCUCUUCGAGGGAUUCCGGGACAUUAUCAAAUACAUCCAGUACAGAAAAAUCCGGUUCAACAAUGACACAAUCAUCUUAUGCUCUGCUAGCACUUGAAAAGGCACAGAGAGAGGCCAUGAGCUUGGAACUUACACCACGUUAUCUUCUCAACAAGUUCCAAUGGCGCCAAUUUAUGGAAAUUCCGGAUGAUGAUUUUGCUCGAGAGCUUACACGCAUUGACUGGAUCAUGUUUACCUCGUUCCGGCCUCGGGAUCUUGUCCGUCAUGUCAGUUUAUCUGGCCCGGACAAGGAAAAGGCAAAGAGUUUGCAAAACGUCAAUCGCAUGAUCCAGGAAUUCAACCAUCUUGCAUUCUUUGUGGCGAGUAUAGUGUUACUGCGUGACAAGGCCAAACACCGAGCCAGGGCUAUGGAAAAGUUUAUGAAUAUUGCCUUGAAACUUCGUCGGCAGAAUAAUUACAACUCUUUGGGCGCCGUUAUUGCGGGCAUCAACGGCACCCCAGUCCAAAGAUUAUCGCAGACACGAGACCUAAUACCGCUUUCAGUCCAAAAAGAGUUCAUGCGGCUCGUCAUCUUGAUGGGUACACAAAAAAGCCAUUUCGCCUAUCGACUAGCCUGGGAGAACUCUUUUGGCGAACGAAUUCCUUUCCUGCCGCUCCACAGACGCGACCUUGUAUCUGCCGAAGAGGGCAACAAAACUUUUGUUGGGUCCAACAAGGACCGAAUCAACUGGAAGAAAUUCGAGAUUAUGGGAGACGUUAUUCUUGGGAUCCAGAGCAGCCAGCGCACAUCCUACUCUUACAUUCAGCGAAACGAGGAAGUGCAGCGGUUAGUGCUGGAUGCCAAGAUGCGUGACGAGGAGGAUCUCUACGCUCGCAGCAUGGCAGUCGAACCAUCUGCAGGCGCAGUCGACAAAUCGAAAAUGUGGGGGUGGUUACGUGCAUGAGCGCUGAUGAUUGACUUUUUUUUAAUGUUGUAACUGCUUCAUGACCUACUCAUACCCCUCUUGUUACGGCUUUUUUCUACUAUGGAUAUCGUUUG